GCCGACUCCUUCCGGGAAAAAAAUGGCUAAAAUCGAGAAACAUUGGCAUUAUAUGUACUCUCGCCCAAUUUACGCAAAUGAAAAUGAAGAAAUGAAACCUAAAGCAAAGAGGAAUUACACGAAUUAGGAUUAUAUACAUCCAGAUCUGAGAUCAUCGAUCGUUGCUUCCAGUACAGACGAACUUCACUAGCGGAGCCGGAUCGAAGCAAAACGGUGCGGCCGGAUGUUUCCACUCCUUGACCGCCGUCGCCGUCGCCGUCGCCGAAGGCUUCUCCGCCUCUCUCUCCGCCUCCUUCUCCCGACUCGAAUUCGAACACAAUUCAACCGCUGCCGUCAAAUCGCUCGAAACAGGCGAUGUGAUCAAUGGCGAUAGAAGCGGUAUUGCCACAUUCCAAUCCGUGGCGCGGUUAAUCUGGAUCGACGCCGGAGCUUUCCUCUGCAACCGGCCGGGCUGUCGCCGCCGGUCAUCCGGUGAUUUUCUCGUAUUCUCCGCCAUCGUGGGAUAGAAAGGGUGGGCAAAUUCAUGAGCAUCAAUGGUCAAUCAGCUCUAAACAUCCAUCCAGAGAAAGAAGAAAGGGAAACCUGAAUUCCUAUCAUCGCCCACGCACUAUUCACAAACCAGGUUCAAAGGGCUAACUGCGAACCAUAUCCCAGUAAUCGUUGUGUAGAGCUGCAGAUUGAUCUUCAGAUCUGUGGAGUUCAAUUUCAGUGGGAGGAAGAUGAGCCAUCCUAGCCUGGGUCAGCAACAGCCCGAAGGAAGACAUGAGGAUGAUACUGCCAUUGCUGAAUUCCUCGCAUCGUUGAUGGAUUAUACUCCUACUAUCCCUGAUGAACUAGUGGAGCAUUACCUGGCUAGAUGUGGAUUUCAAUGUCCUGAUGUGCGGGUGAUUAGGUUGGUUGCUGUUGCUACACAGAAGUUUAUUGCAGAUGUUGCCACUGAUGCACUUCAGCAAUGCAAAGCAAGAACAGCUGGAACUGUAAAAGAUAAGCGAGAUAAACAGCAGAAGGAUAAACGACUAAUACUGACAAUGGAAGAUUUAUCAAAAGCUCUACGUGAGUACGGUGUAAAUGUCAAGCAUCAAGAUUACUUUGCGGAUAGCCCAUCUGCUGGGUUAGAUCCUAUGUCACAAGAAGAAUGAUUGAAUGCGUCCGAGAGGGGGAAAGCUCUUCAGAUGGCCAUAAAGGGUCGAUCUCGCCUCAAAUCUCGUACUUCAGUUUUUCUAUCCGUUAACAUAUGACUGACAUUUUAUUCUUUGUACAAUUGCCUUGUAUUUUCACUUGUGGUGAUAUUGCAGUUUAAUAUUUAUGGACAAUUUUUUAUUUGUGUAAAUCACUCUUUGUUCAAUGGUAUUUUAAUGUGAGGAUAAUCAGAAGUUUUU